GUGACGUCUAAGCCAAGAUGGCGGCACACCGCUCCACGAUGAAAUUUUGGAAACCGGGGACGGAUGCUCCGGGAAUCUCCGAGGAGCGGGACCUUCACUCUGACACGACUGGCUCCCCUGUCAUCUUCAACCCGAACACUGCCCUCUCCAUAGAGAAACAGCGCCAGAAGCUCCCUGUUUUUAAGCACAGAAACAAUAUACUGUACUUGGUGGAGACCUACCAGACAGUCAUCAUAGUUGGAGAAACUGGAUGUGGAAAAACAACACAGAUACCCCAAUAUCUUCAUGAGGCUGGCUGGGCAGCUGAUGGGAAGGUCAUUGGAGUGACUCAACCCCGGCGUGUGGCUGCUAUCUCUGUGGCUAACCGUGUUGCGGAGGAGCGUGGCGCUUUGGUUGGACAUGAAGUGGGCUACACCAUCCGAUUUGAUGACCGUUCCGACCCCCAGGCCACAAGGAUCAAGUUUCUUACAGAUGGCAUGCUGGUGCGAGAGAUGAUGGCAGAUCCGCUUCUGAAAAAAUAUAGCGUGCUGAUGCUUGAUGAAGCACACGAGAGAACGUUGUACACAGAUAUAGCUAUUGGUCUACUGAAAAAGAUUCAGAAAAAACGGCAAGACCUGCGGUUGAUUGUCGCCUCUGCGACUCUGGACGCCAAGAAAUUCCAUGAGUUCUUCAACCUAAAUGAGUCAGGGGAUCCUAACAAGGACACCUGUGGGAUUUUAACUGUUGAGGGACGAACCUUUCCUGUAGAUAUAUUCUACACCAUCAGUCCUGUGCCUGACUAUGUGAAAGCCACAGUGGAGACAGUGAUGAAGAUUCAUGAGAUGGAGGAAGAUGGAGAUGUUCUGGCUUUCCUCACUGGACAGGAAGAGGUGGAGAAGGUCGUGUCUCUUCUUCAGGAACAAGCAAGAACACUGUCUCGACAGGGUAUGAAGAAACAUCUGCGCAUUCUCCCGAUGUAUUCUGGGUUGCCGUACGCUGAGCAAAUGAAAGUCUUUGAUCGGAUGCCAGCUUCAGUUCGCAAGGUCGUGGUGGCCACGAACAUCGCAGAAACUUCAAUCACUAUCAAUGGAAUUGUAUUUGUCAUCGAUUGUGCAUUUGUAAAGCUGCGAGCCUACAACCCUUGCACUGCUAUUGAAUCGCUGGUGAUCACUCCCAUCUCAAAGGCUUCAGCCAGCCAGAGGGCUGGAAGAGCCGGACGUAACCGAGCUGGGAAAUGCUUUAGGUUGUACACAGAAGAAGAUUAUGAAAAACUGCCGGCCGCCACUGUGCCAGAGAUGCAGCGCUCUAAUUUGGCUCCCGUUAUCCUGCAACUGAAAGCAUUAGGCAUUGACAAUGUCCUGCGCUUCAGCUUCCUGUCUCCUCCCCCAGCUCAAACAAUGGUUCAGGCUUUGGAACUGCUUUACGCUUUGGGAGGUCUGGAUCAUUACGGUCGCUUGACUGAUCCCAUGGGCAUCCGAAUGGCCGAGUUUCCCCUCAGCCCCAUGUUUGCCAAGAUGCUCCUCGAGUCUGGAAACUUUGGCUGCUCCUCUGAGAUUGUCACCAUUGCAGCAAUGAUGCAGAUUCAGAAUAUAUUUGUGGUGCCAUCUAAUCAGAAGAAGUUGGCUGCUCGUGAGCACCGGAAAUUUGCCGUUGCUGAAGGAGACCACCUCACAAUGCUGAAUGUCUACGAAGCAUUUAUUAAGCACCAGAAGAGCUCCCAGUGGUGUCAGGAACAUUUCCUUAAUUACAAGGGUCUGCAACGGGCCGUGACGGUACGAGAGCAGCUGCGGCGCCUCAUGAACAAGUUUAAGGUUCAGCGGACGUCGAGUGAAGGUGACCCUGAUGUGAUAUUAAGGUGCAUCGUGUCUGGGUUUUUCUCCAAUGCUGCUCGCAUUCAUCAUUCUGGAUCCUACCGCACUUUACGAGAUGAUCGUGAACUUCACAUCCACCCUAACUCUGUACUGUACGGUGAGAAACCUCCAAAAUGGGUUGUCUUCAAUGAAGUGGUGCAGACUUCAAAAUACUUCAUGCGAGACGUGACCGCAGUCGAGUCGUCAUGGCUGGUGGAGUUGGCCCCGCACUUCUACAAGCAGGCUAAACAUGGAUCUCUGGCCAGCAAGAGGUCUCGCAUCCUUUAAAUCUGGCAAACAAGCAUUUAAGCAGAACAAACAAAGCCCCCUUCUUGAAUCACCACUGUGCCCCCCGUUCAUUGUAUAUAAAAAUGUUCUCAAUAUUUAUUAACCAUUGUCACAGUCACUCCUAGCAACCAUGCUUUGUAGCAGUUCUGUGCACGGUGUGCCCGUAUUAAAACUGUUGCAGUCACACGUGCAUUAGGAUGAGUUGACGCUGUUCUUCUGUAGCUUGUUUAUAUUUGUAAAUAGUUAGCUGAAGCUAAAGCUACAUAGUAAUCAUGUGCUGGAUUGAAGUAUUUUUUAUAAUGGUUGUAAAGAACGUGGGGGAUUGCAAGGCUAAUUCCAUAUGAGAGGCUUUAUAUUUGUAUUACUCAUUUACUCUCCUCAUGACCUUGGUGCCUUUGUGUUCUUAAUUGUGUCCCCUUUAUUCCUAAAGCUGUGAGAUGUUUGUUUUUCCUCGGUUUCCACUGUAAGACGGCAUCUACUGAUAAAACUGUGAAACAGCCAGUUUACUUUAUGUUGCCACCCAAAUAUAGAUCAUGGAGAGCGGCCUUUUAACCACCACUGUGCCACUUUGCUUCCACGAGUUGGCCUGAACCCACAUUAGAGACUGUGAAGCUUUAACAAAAUGACGUUUUUCUUUUUGAGAAAAAGUGCAUUUAACUUUUGGCCCAAAGUAAAAUGAAGAGCUGCUUUAUUUGGGUGCACUAUAUAUGUUGUGCUUUUCGACACAAAACUUUUUUCAUCUACAAAGAAUCACUCUUCAUCUUCUGUUUUGGCUAUGAAGGUUUCUCUGUAAAGAAAAUUCAGUGUUUUACUGUGGGAGUUGCAUUUAGAGAAGAAAAUGGACUUGGAACCAAACUUGUGCUUGCAUGUGUAACAGAUAGAGAAUUAUAGUUUAGACUCAGUGAGCCACAGAUUAGAACACAGCAUACUUCUCCUUUUGUUGGAUAGACUGAUCUACAAUUGAAGUAGCAGUGCAUGCUUUAUGGUACACUCGCAAAGGAAAAUCCAUCUCAGAUUUACCUCACAGAUUUAGGGCCAGUAAAAUGUGUUUCUUUACUCUUGCGCUGAUACAUAUUAAGCCAAAGUGGUAUCAUGUAGACUGUCUGAUGUGCUUACUGUCAUCGUCCAUGUUUACCCCGCCCUUCAAUAAAACCUUACAAUCAUG